UUUUCUGUCUUAAUCAGUUGAUCAUCGUCAUUGUAUUGAGCGGCACGAAACGAUCAGAUCGUGUCAAGCUUCAGUUUCAUCCAUCCGUCCGUCCGAUGCCGAUCCGCCGGAUUCGAUUCGAUUUAUUCUCUGAGUGUAUGAGGGCCCUCUCUCAUCAAAGCACACAACACAAUAAAAUAUUAUCUGACAAAUAAAAAAUUGUGGACUCGAUCGGUUGUGCAGUAUUUUAAAGUUAGUAACUCGUACGUUACACGAUUGGAAGCAUGAUAUUUAUCAGUUGCUCUUUGCUGUUUUUAUAAUUUACAAAAAAAAAAGAUACAUCCCAUCAAGAAAACAAGUGCAUUCGGCCCUAUAAGUUUUAAAAUAUAACUUCUUAUCUGGGAAAAGAUACAAUUGAUACCCGUGCGUCGAUCGGGAUGAUCGAUGAUCUUCAUGAACGUUGUUAUUUUAUGACUUGCAGGCAUUAUCCUUUUGAAUUAUUAUGGAAGUCUUGAGUUGGAAAUUUUUACUUUUGUGUGUAUUUUAUUUUUUCCUCUUGAAACUCAGUAAAAGCGUAUAUGAAAGUUAUUUGCAGUGAAUAGAAUUUAAUUGGUUUUCUACCUAUUUGGAAAUGCAUUUACCAGUGAAUAGAUGAUUGUUAAUUACAAUUUUAAUACACAACAACUAAAAGUAUGCGAAAGUGACAGUGCAAUAGGAGAACAGUGUUCACAUCUCUUUCAUUGGAAUAACCACAUGAAUAAGCAAUCCGCUUUAUAAACACGAUAUAUACGAGUAGUAUAUGUUUCAUUUUUUUGGAUUACUCAUCGCGGUACCAGAGACUACGACAACGACGACGAAUCCACGACUCACCUUUAAGGUUGACUACACUACACGCAAAGAAGUGUUAUCUUGAAUUGUUUUUUAUUUGUUUUCUGGUUUAUGGAUAUUGUUUGGAGGUGCAAAAAUGAAUGUCACCUCUCAAACACAAACUGAUUUUGAGUCCUCAUCACAAUUAUGGACUACUUCUACAACGGAGGUUAUAUUGCGGGUAUCACCUAGAGAUGCUUUUGUUGGAGAUGAAAUUAAUAGAUUUUCCCGCUCACUACUUACUUUUGCUGCUGUUACGACUAUUAUUAUAAUGCUUGUUGGCAUUUUUGGUAAUCUUCUAACAAUCCUGGCACUUCUUAAAUGUCCAAAAGUGAGAAAUGUGGCAGCUGCUUUCAUUAUAAGUCUUUGUUUUGCUGACUGCUUAUUUUGCGCAGUUGUCUUACCAUUUAGCGCUUUUCGUUUCAUUCAAGGAACAUGGACACAUGGCGAUUUCCUCUGCAGACUGAUACCUUUCAUUCAAUAUGGUAACAUUGGCGUUUCUCUUUUAUGCAUCGCCAUGAUAACCAUUAAUAGAUAUAUUAUGAUAGCUCACCAUAGUGCAUAUGCGAAAAUCUACAAGCGUCACUGGAUUGGUGUAAUGAUUGCAUUUUGUUGGCUUUUCGCUUAUGGCAUGCAGCUUCCAACAUUGUUUGGUAUUUGGGGAAGAUUCGGGUACGAUUCUAGACUUGGAACUUGUUCCAUUAUGAGCGAUGAAAAUGGAAACAGCAGCAAGACGGCUCUGUUCAUGAUCGCAUUUGUAAUUCCAUGUAUCAUAAUUAUCGGGUGUUAUACCAAAAUAUUUUGGGUAGUUCACAUGUCAGAGGUCCGUUUGCGUCAACACGCAAAUAAACAAAAUUCCAUUCCAAAUAAUCUCAGAGAAAUGCCAUCGACUGUGGGCUCCAAUGGAACGUCCAACAGAAUGUCCUCGCCAGUGUCAUCAAGCUCUUUUAGCACCACCAGUGCAGCUGAAAUCACAAAGACCGGAAUCUCACAGAAAAUUAUUCGAGUUAAGGAUCAACGUGACGUCAAAGCAAAGCGUAAUGAGUGGCGCAUAACUAAAAUGGUAUUAGCCAUAUUUCUGUCAUUUAUUGUUUGUUACCUGCCAAUAACGGUUGUCAAGAUUGCCGAUAAGGAUGUCUACUCACCGGGACUUCACAUUCUAGGCUAUAUCAUGUUGUACCUUUCAUCUUGUAUUAAUCCAAUAAUUUACGUUAUCAUGAAUAAGCAAUAUCGAAAAGCGUAUAAAACUGUUCUAAUGUGUCAACCCUCGCGACUCCUUCCAUUUACAAAUGUUGGCAGUAGUGCUGGAGAGAAAUGGAAAGACAUAAGGUGCAGCUACAAUCACAGCCGUACAAUUGUGUCACAAGUAUCCGUGAUAGAUCAACAAACAAGCAGCAACAGCUACAGCAGCAAUCAGUCGCCAGUUGUGCUCGAGCUAUCGCUUCAAACGUUGCCGCCUCCAUCGAACUCAACCAACAAGCCACCAACAGCCAUCAACAGCAAGACGAUGACUACAAACACAAGUUCCGACCCUAUUUCGCCAAUUACCAAGACACCAAUGGAACACAAUUUUCCAAAUCUCUCGAAUUCAACACCAAACAACAACCAACAUCAAGUGAUCAAUCAGAACAGCACUGUUGCAUUGAGCCGUCCUCCUGUCGAAAUUCCACAACAGAUGCAGCCACAAGUAGUCCAACAACAGCAACUAUUUACCAAACCCCAAGAUACCACUCGUUUUCCAGAUUCUCGAAUCACUUUCUCAGAGGGGGAUAUAAUAGUGGAAGAGGAAGAAGUGGAAGUGGAAAAAUUGGACCAGACUUGUCCAAACCCCUUCCUCUCGAACUCGUUGGAAUCAUCCGAGAUGAGCAAUCAAAUGCAUCCGAACCUUUCGGAGAUCGAGAAACAUCCACAAUACAUAAACGGCUACAAGCGAAAUAUCAACGACAUUCCAGAUAAUAAUACCAAAGUCAUUUCAAAAACAAAUAUCUUAAGAAAUUGUUAAGUUAUAUUUAUAAGAUCUUUUUUUU